ACGAAUGACAAACAUGCAGCAGCGAGCGAGUCAGACGUUAAACCUGACCAGAACGAGCCUCUAAACUAUCAUAAACCACAAAUCAUGGGGUCCACCUUUCAAAGACGGCGCUCCGCAUCGAAACCUUUACAUAUAUUUUGCUAACCGGCGUUUGACAGGGGCGCCCGUCCUCUCUCGCUCGUUUGUUUACAUAUAGUUUCUGUUUUUAAAUGAAUUUAUGGCCGCUAUGGAUUACCUGCUGCAGGUGAAAGUUGGAGCUCUGGUCGGGCUGCUGUUCCUAACUAUGUUUUUUGGUUUCAUCCCAGCGCGGAUGAAAUGGUUUCAAGUCUCUAGUGGAACAGCUACCCACAGGGCCGUGCUGAGUUUCGUGAGCUGCUUCGCGGGCCGCGUCUUCCUGUCGGCCUGUUUGUUAGACAUCAUCCCAGACUACCUCUCCGACAUACACGAAGAACUACAAAAACAAGGCCUCGAUGAAGGCUUCCCGCUCGCAGAGUUCAUCGUGGCGUGCGGCUUCUUCACGGUCUUGAUCCUGGAAAAGAUCGUUCUGAGCUGCACGGAGGGCCCCAGGAAUGAGGAGACGGCUCCUCUUUUGGCCCCCGCGGGUAACCGGCACGCCCACGGACAUCACUCGCUGAACGACGUGGAGGGGAGCGCUCACCACGUCCACGUGGAUUUCCACGCGCACUCGUCCUUCCGCUCCUUCAUGCUCUUCCUGUCCCUCUCUCUGCACUCGGUGUUCGAGGGUUUGGCCAUUGGCUUGCAGACCACAGACGCGAAGGUGUUAGAGAUCUGCAUCGCUAUCCUGGUCCACAAGAGCAUCAUCGUCUUCAGCCUGUCGGUGAAGCUGGUCCAGAGCGCCGUCAGACCCCUGUGGGUGGUGCUCUACGUGUCCGUCUUCGCCGUGAUGUCUCCUCUCGGCAUCGGCAUCGGCAUCAUCGUGAUCGAGGCUCGACUGGAGGCCGGCGCUUUCAUCCAGGCGGUGCUGGAGGGGCUGGCGGCCGGGACGUUUGUCUACAUCACCUUCCUGGAGAUCCUGCCCCAUGAACUGAACUCCCCCGAGCGGCCCCUGCUCAAGGUUCUCUUCCUCCUGUGUGGAUUCUCAGUGAUGGCUGGUCUGAGUUUCCUGGGCUGAAAAAUGCUUUUCAUUUUUAUGUGCCCCGUGGCCAAAAAAAACGGAGCCUGGAGGAAAUCCUUCACUAACUUUGUGUGCUUUCAAGGAAACGAAAGGCUCGGUUUGCACGUUUUUUUUUAGAGGAACUGAUAUCUACAAGCACAUAGAUGCUGAUGUCUUUAAAAACUCUGGACGGAUCAUUUAUCAGUUUUAAAUGAGGAAAAAAAAUCCUCAGCACUGAAAAACAGUAUCUUUUACAGAUUUUUUUUAAAUUUUUGGGUAGUUUUUUUAAACUCUUUCUAUUUGAUCAGUUGUUUCGAUGUCACUUUUGAGUUUCCUCUCUGUCAUGCAUAAAACUAUCUUUACCAGAUGUCUGACUGAUUUUAAAUUAAUUAUUUUGAAAUCACUUUUAUUAAUUAUUAUUUGUCUUAUACGUUAUUAACACUGGCUGCAGUACUUCUGUACGCUACAUACAGUAUUGGUUUUCUCCCUUUAUGUGCUGCAUUUCCUGUACAUUUAUAUAAAUUUGAUAGGUUGCCAAAUGUUUUGAUUGCAUAGUUUGUAUUUACAGAUUUCACAGUAAAAUGACACAAAAUAUGA